AGAUCGCACCACUGCACUCCAGCCUGGGCGACAGGGCAAGGCUCUGUCUCAGAAAACAAAACAGAACAAAACAAAAAACCCCCGAGCUGGCUGGGUUGGGGGCAGGGUGGGGAGAAAGAAAACGAAAUCCGUUUCUUGGCUUCCCAGAGCCAGGGAGGUUUCUCCACUUCCAAGGUCUCCAGGUCCGCCCCCGCCUGGAGCCCCCAGCAUAGCCCCUCUGGAAGCCUGGAAGGACUCUGUGUUGGGAACGGGGGCGGCUACUCUCGGCCGCCGCGGAGGUCCGCGUCCUGUUCGCCAGGGAGGUUUACUCCCCUAUCGCGAGUGACCGCGGCGCUGAGGGCUCGGCUGGUUUCGCUCAGCGUGGGGGCAAGGCACGCUCGCUCUCCCCACCCUUCCCGGUUCCCUCAGACAGUCUCGGCUUCGGGGAGCCCCCUUCGCCUCCGGUCCCCCAGCCGACCUUCCGCCGCUCCCCGCGCCCUCCCGGGAGGACCCCACUGUCACCGGCGAUGCUCCGAAGACCCGGGAUCUGGGCGAGGAAGGCGGUGGCAACCUUUUUCCAGCUGGGGGGAACAAUCUUGGACCAUGACUCAACAGCCACUUCGAGGAGUGACCAGCCUGCGUUUCAACCAAGACCAAAGCUGUUUUUGCUGCGCCAUGGAGACAGGUGUGCGCAUCUACAACGUGGAGCCCUUGAUGGAGAAGGGGCAUCUGGACCACGAGCAGGUGGGCAGCAUGGGCUUGGUGGAGAUGCUGCACCGCUCCAACCUUCUGGCCUUGGUGGGCGGUGGUAGUAGCCCCAAGUUCUCAGAGAUCUCAGCAGUGCUGAUCUGGGACGAUGCCCGGGAGGGCAAGGACUCCAAGGAGAAGCUGGUGCUGGAGUUCACCUUCACCAAGCCAGUGCUUUCUGUGCGCAUGCGCCAUGACAAGAUCGUGAUCGUGCUGAGGAACCGCAUCUAUGUGUACUCCUUCCCCGACAAUCCCCGAAAGCUGUUUGAGUUUGAUACUCGGGACAACCCCAAGGGGCUCUGUGACCUCUGCCCCAGCCUGGAGAAGCAACUGUUAGUCUUCCCGGGACACAAGUGCGGGAGUCUGCAACUUGUGGACCUGUCGAGCACGAAGCCUGGCACCUCAUCUGCUCCCUUUACCAUCAAUGCACAUCAGAGUGACAUAGCCUGUGUAUCUCUGAACCAGCCAGGCACAGUAGUGGCCUCAGCCUCCCAGAAGGGUACUCUUAUUCGCCUCUUUGACACACAAUCCAAGGAGAAACUGGUGGAGCUCCGCCGAGGCACUGACCCGGCUACCCUCUACUGCAUUAACUUCAGCCACGACUCCUCCUUUCUCUGCGCUUCCAGUGAUAAGGGCACCGUCCAUAUCUUUGCUCUCAAGGAUACCCGCCUCAACCGCCGCUCCGCGCUGGCUCGCGUGGGCAAGGUGGGGCCCAUGAUUGGGCAGUACGUGGACUCUCAGUGGAGCCUGGCGAGCUUCACUGUGCCUGCUGAGUCAGCCUGCAUCUGCGCCUUCGGUCGCAAUACUUCCAAGAACGUCAACUCUGUCAUUGCCAUCUGCGUAGAUGGGACCUUCCACAAAUAUGUCUUCACUCCUGAUGGAAACUGCAACAGAGAGGCUUUCGACGUGUACCUUGACAUCUGUGAUGAUGAUGACUUUUAAGGACUCUGGGGGCUGUGCUAGGGACCUACAGUGGCAGACUGCAGAGCUGAGCCUUGGCAGUGGGGCAUGCUUGGACGCUACCAGCCAGCAAGCAUUAAUGGGGCCAGUGCCCACUUUCCACUCAGCAGAGCUAUGUCUAAAUAAAGAGCUCACUUCCCCCAGCACUUACUGAUGACUGUGUGCCCCAAGGGCCAAGCCAGGCACCCAGGAAGGCAGAGACCCCUUGGGAUCCCUAACCUGGAAGAAACUGUCAGGGACCCAGAGGGAGUGGCCUAAUCCAAACUGGGGAUUUUUUAUAAGCUUCCCAGGAAGAGAUGAUCUCUGAUGUGAUGAAUACGAAUAAAAGGCCCUUAAUGGCA